AGAUGCAAGCGAAAAUCUGUACAGUAUUGGUACGAUGGUGACGCGUGUGUUGGAUGGUGUUAUUACCUUCGGUGUGGCACUGCUGCUAGUAGCAGUGGUUGGUGGGAACCCGAUCGCAACGGAUUGCCCACCGCUACGCAUCGCAACACCCACCACAUCCGAAUGGCAACCACGAACUCCGGAGCAAACGCUGUACGCGUACGUGCGUUGCCUCAACGACUCGUCCGCCAGCAUUGAGAUGAAAAUUCGCUGGGUUAUGUGGCAGCCGGACAUGUCGCCCGAGAGCCAAUGUUACGUGAAGUGCGUUAGUGAGGAUCUCCGGCUGUACGACCCGGCCCGGAGACAAUUUCUGCCCGAGCGCUUCGAGCGGCAGGCGCGUGCAUUCCACGAGGAUCCAGACUCAGAAGAGAUGCAUCAACUCUACAACGAUGCGAACCAACUGCUUACAGGCGAGCUACCGGACAGUGAAUGUUCAACCGUGUUCGCCAAAUACGCACCAUUCUACGCGACGCAUCAGGAACACAUACUGGAUAUCUUCCACGGUGACCUGCGCAAAAUCUUGGUCACGUACCAACGGCUCGGACCGCACGUCAAACAGAUCGGGCAACAUUUUGUUAGCUACUGCGAGCGGCGAUACGAUUUUGUGUGGUCAGAGGAGGAACAAAGCCAGUGUCCUAAUCCAACCGCCGUCGAAUGUAUUUUGCGCGGGUUCCGUUGGAUUACCGAGGAGGGUACGGUGAAUGUUGCAGAGAUUGUGCGAGACUACAGUGAGUUUGAUAUGGCGGCUAGCGAACUACAGCGCUGUCAGGUGGCAGGGGAGCUGUACUGGUGUCUACGCGCUAUCAGUCAAGACAAACUAUCGGCCGUAAUACGGCAGCGCAAUGCGCAGACGGCGUACUACUUCGAUCAAACGUCAGAAGAUGAACCAUGGAAGUCGGCCGUGGAGUUUGGCAAUUCACGGCUGAACAGAGCGUAGUGAAGGA